AUGAAGGCGCUGAUCCUGGUGGUGGGCUACGGCACUCGGCUGCGACCCCUAACCCUCAGCAUCCAUAAGCCCCUGGUCGAAUUCUGUAACAAGCCCAUCCUGUUGCACCAGGUGGAGGCCUUAGUAAAGGCGGGUGUUAAUCAUGUGAUUCUUGCUGUGAGCUAUAUGUCAGAACUACUGGAGAAGGAGAUGAAAGAACAAGAGCAAAGGUUGGGCAUUCAGAUUUCUAUGUCACAUGAGAAGGAACCACUGGGCACAGCUGGCCCACUGGCACUAGCACAGGAGCUUUUGGCUGAAAAUUCAGAACCAUAUUUUGUACUCAAUAGCGAUGUGAUCUGUGAUUUUCCCUUCACAGACAUGGUACACUUUCACAAACAUCAUGGAAAAGAAGGCACCAGAGUGACAAAAGUGGAAGAACCUUCCAAAUAUGGUGUAGUAGUGUGUGAGGAAGAUACUGGAAUCAUUCAUUGCUUUGUGGAGAAACCUCAGGUUUUUGUUUCCAAUAAAAUCAAUUCUGGGAUGUACAUCUUAAAUCCAAGUGUAUUAAAGCGCAUUCAGCUGCGUCCUACCUCAAUUGAGAAAGAAAUAUUUCCAGUAAUGGGAGAGGUAGGACAACUCUAUGCUAUGGAAUUACAUGGGUUCUGGAUGAACAAUGGGCAGCCAAAAGAUUUCCUUACUGGCAUGUGCCUAUAUCUACAAUAUUUACACCUGAAGCAGCCUGUAGGCUGUAUGGGGAACGUACUAGUGGACCCAAGUGCCAAGAUUGGAUCAAACUGCAGUAUUAAUCCCAAUGUCACAAUUGGGGCAGGAGUUGUGGUAGAGGAUGGUGUUCGGAUCAAGCGUUGCACUGUUCUAAAGGGAUCACGCAUCCGUUCCCACUCUUGGCUUGAAUCCUGCAUUGUUGGGUGGAGCUCCUCUGUGGGACAAUGGGUGCGGAUGGAGAAUGUCACUGUGUUGGGGGAAGAUGUCAUUGUGAAUGAUGAACUCCACCUCAAUGGGACCAAUGUCUCCUCACAAAUCCAUCUGCCUCACAAAUCCAUUGCUGAAUCAGUCCCAGAACCACUCAUCAUCAUGUAGCAAGCUUGGAUUGAGUGCUGGACUAACUGGCAGAACAUUUUAUUGGAACGACCACACUCUGUGCCUUGGUGGCAUGGGACUUUCUAUUAAGUUCAAGUUUUUUCCUCCAAAUACUAUUUUUCCCUUGCUGCUGACUUAAUCUUUACAUGGAGAUCUAGGAGUG